AUGCACGCUGUGAAGAACUUCAUGGAGAAGUCCUGGAACUUCGUAGCACUUCCGGAACUAUACUUCAAUGAAGCAGGCUAUUUCAUUGUUCGCUUCAAGGACUAUGAAGACCAAUGCAAGGUUAUGGAGCAAGGACCAUACUUCAUAUAUGGGAAACUGAUUUUCUUGAAACACUGGUCCAUUGAUUUUGAACUAAAGGCUGACUUGCUCCGUGUGCUUCCUCUCUGGAUUACCUUGCUUAAUCUACCACUAUACCUAUGGGGGGAGAAGAGUAUAUCAAAAAUUUCUAGUGUUGUGGGGAACCCUAUAACUACGGAUGAGUGCACAGCGAGGAAACUGCGAAUUUCUUACGCCAGGGUCCUAGUGGAAGUGGAUAUCACUAGACCUGUAAAAGAUUCGAUUACCAUUAGGGACCAUAGUGGAAAGGAAUGGGAGAAAAAAGUUGAAUAUGAGUGGCGACCCAAGUAUUGCCAGACUUGCCUGAACAUUGGUCAUGAUUGUGCCACAAAGAAAGUAACAGCUCUCCAAAAAGUUUGGCAACAGAAACCAAAGGAACCUGAGCACAAAGAUAAAAGAACUGAAGUAGAAGAUAAAAACAAAGAAGAGGGUGAUGAGAAUUGGACUCAAGUCAGCUCCAACAGGAAUGAUAAGGCUAAGAAGAAAAUUGUCUUAACACCUCCUGAUGAUAUGGUGGUUCAAAAUGUCUUCACACCCCUUGGGAUUGGAGUUAAUCUUGUAGGGGAAACCAGCAAAUGCAAAUGA